AUGACACGGCAUCGCUGGCGACCAUGGAACUUGAUUGUCGGAUCUAUGCUUGCUCUGCAGGCCCAUAGCGCUCCCUCUGUGAAUGUGGGCAUGAAUGCAGCUUUUCCUGCAGGUCCAUACUUGCUCGAACUCUUAGAAACCGCGGCAGCAGAGAAUUCAUCAUCCUAUUUUCCGCUCCUGGACCGAAUUGCUACUGGAUAUUUCGCCUCUGCAUCAACAGACGCUGCUUUAUAUGAGAAAUUCCUUCAAGUCUUGCAAGAAGAUGGCUGCCUGUCUAGCGCCGAGGGUCUGUCCACAUUCAAACUGGCAUUGUCUUUGCGAUCUGCAGCGCCUCGAGUAGAAGCUCAUUACCAAUACUAUUCCACUGUUGUUUCCCCUACUCUUGGCGAAGGACCUGAAUCAGAAUGCUUCAAUUGGGUGCUGUUGGAUGGGAAGCAGUAUUGCAAACCCGAACUAGAGGAAGUUAUCAAAGAUGGUCUACUGUCCUUGCAAAACAAGCAUUUGCCAUUUGAUCGAGUAUUAGGCGCGGGCAGAGAAGCCAUCCUCUAUGCUGACAUAACUUCGGAAACGUUUGGAGAAUACCAUAAAGCUCUUUCAAAGGCCGCAGCAGAAGGCUCUCUGAGCUAUCGAAUUAGAUAUCACCGCACUCAAACAACGCCCAGAGCAACUCUUCACAUGAGUGGUUAUGGUGUUGAGCUGGCAUUAAAGAAGACGGACUAUAUCGUCAUCGAUGAUCGACUACAAGACGAAGAAUCUCAUCAUCAGAAUAUUGGUGCCGGUGCCGGUCUCGAUGACAGUGAAGAUGUGGCCGAUAUCAAGCCUUUGACAGCAUCAGAUCUCUCGUCGCUUGGAUUGAAAGCGACAUCCUUCAUAUUGCAAAGUGAUGACCCGUUGGAGACACUAGUAAAGUUGACUCAGGAUCUGCCCAAGUUUCUAACUUCAAUUGUUGCCCACAAUGUUUCUACUCGAUUCGAAAAAGAGUUUAAACUUAACAGCUUAAAAGGAGUACCGGGGGGUCUAAACUUGCUAUGGCUAAAUGGUGUUCAAUUAAUUGAGCGUCAGAUUGAGCCAUUCGCUCUUAUUGAGAGACUGCGCCAAGAACGAAAACUAAUCGAUGGCUUUCGUGCUCUUGGACUGAACGGAAAGCAAGCGGUAUCUAUUCUCGGCCAUCAAGAUGUUUCUACCGCGAAGGAAGGCGGCGAGGCACUGAGAUAUGAUUGGACAGAUCGGCUUGAAGAUGGGCGAGUUAUCAUAUGGUUAAACGACAUCGAAAGCGACGACGUUUAUGAGGAUUACCCAAAGAGCUUGACAUCACUACUGCAACCGUCAUAUCCUGGACAACUGCCGCCCAUUGGGAAGAAUAUCUUUACUCUCAUCGCACCUGUCGAUUUCUCAAACCCAGAAGAUGUUUCAUACAUCAUGCAAUUGAUUUCUUUCAUUUCUCGGGGUAUCUCUAUAAGAUUUGGCCUUGUUCCUCUAAUUUCAACUCCUGAGGCCAUUGUUAAAGCCAAGAUAGUUUACCACCUAUUCGAGAAUUAUGGUAUCAACGGCCUUUUUACUUAUCUAGGGCAGCUCGAAGACGCCACUAAAUUGACCAACGAAGAGCUCUUUGCCAGAAUAACCGGAGACCAUGCACCACUUGUGGACUCGGACAAAAUGAGUCUUGCUGAAGUUCUUGAAGCAGACACCUACGAGCAACAGCUCGGAUUCGCUCAGCAAUGGAUCAAGCGACUAAAGGUGGACACGCCGAUUCGACCAGUGUUUCUCAAUGGCCUCCCAAUUAUCCGCGAUGAGAAUUGGAUUCAAGAGUUGGGAAUGCAAAUCGGGGAAGAUCUUCGAGUAGUGCAAAAGGGAGUUUUUCUCGGAAUGCUUACUGAUGACGACUGGGCCCCUGGGAUUUUCCUCAAUAAGGCACUCUCCAGGAGAAAUGACUAUAUAACACCCGACGAUGAAGGGAAAGGCCUCACUGUGCUUAACAUAAACAAGAUUUAUAUUGAGCAUGCAGAUCUUUUUAGCAAUAUCCCCGUCCUCGAGUUUGCUUCCGAGUCACUAAAGGAAGAUUGGUCGGCAGCGACUGUCAUUGCUGACCUGACAACGACAAGUGGCAAGGGUCUAGUUCUAUCCGCUCUCGAGUUCAAACGCCGCAACUCAGGUGCCAGAAUCGAGAUCGUUCACAAUCCUGUAUCAUCCGACGGUGCUGCCUCGAUAAAUGCUGCACUCAUGGCGAACCUAGGGUCACUGGGCGACAUUCAGGACAUCAGCGAACUUUCCGAUUUAAUGCAAACACCAAUUGAAGAUAAAAACAAAGAUGGUUAUUUUGAGGCUUUACAGAGAUUCUUGGGAGCUUCGAAAGUGCCCUUGGGAGCCCAAAUGAUUAUGCUGAACGGCAGAAUGAUUGGACCCAUUUCGGAGGACUCCGAAUUUGAUGUCGAUGACUUUCAACAAUUUUUGGAAGUCGAGCAAGCGAGGCGCAUACUCCCAAUUCUUAAAGCAGUUGAAGAACUUGGCUUGGUCGAUAAACUCUCCACUCCCCUGGACGCAGCUAAAAUAACGUCCAUCGCUGCCCUAUCUACAAUUUCUGACCUGCCUGAGGGAAUUUUUGAGUCAGCAACGUCUGCUCGAACCAGCCUUUAUGACAAAUGGCCCUCAACGCAUACAAUUGAAAAGGGUGACCCGGAAGCUGCGAGCGUUCACAUAGUUGGGCUCAUAAACCCAGUAAGUGAGCAAGGUCAAAGAUGGGCUCCUAUUUUGAAGGUAUUGUCUGAGCUAGAGGGAGUUCACUUGAAGCUUUUCAUCAACCCUCCAGAAAAAAUUGAGGAGCUUCCAGUCAAGCGUUUCUUCAGGUAUGUCUUGAAGUCUCAACCGACCUUCAAUGAUGAAGGCGAGGUUAAAGGACUACAAGCUACCUUCAAUGGUCUGCCCUCCGAGGCUUUGUUGACAACUGCUGUUGAUGUUCCGCCUGCAUGGCUUGUAGCACCUCUAGAUUCGAUUCACGAUCUCGACAACAUAAAAUUAAGCGCAGUGAAGACCGACGUUCAUGCCACAUAUGAGUUGAAGCACAUCCUUAUUGAAGGACAUUCUAGAGAGGGCAAAGCAUCAGCACCGCGAGGAGCCCAGCUAAUUCUCGCCACCGAGAAAGAGCCCCUUAUCACAGAUACCAUAGUCAUGGCGAAUAUCGGCUUUUUCCAGUUUAAGGCAAAUCCUGGAGUUUAUUCUAUCCGAUUGAAGGAAGGCCGCAGCUCCGAGAUAUAUGAGAUUGAGAGCAUUGGCGCUCAGGGAUGGAAUCCCGUUCCUGGCGAUAACGGUACUGAGCUCGCAUUGAUUGAUUUCCAAGGCGUGACAUUAUAUCCACGUCUCCGAAGGCGAAGUGGCAUGGAAGCGGAAGAUAUCCUCCAAGAAAAGGACACCCAGGACAACAAUAUCAUCUCCAAGGGUAUUAAGCUGGCAGAAAGUCUCUUUGGCGGAAAAUCUAAGACGAAGUCGCUAUCUGAACGAGAACACGCAGAGAUCAACAUCUUCUCCGUAGCCAGUGGCCACCUCUACGAGCGCAUGUUGAACAUCAUGAUAGUCUCGGUUAUGCGCCAUACAAAUCACACCGUCAAGUUUUGGUUCAUCGAACAAUUCCUUUCUCCUUCCUUCAAAGAAUUCAUACCCCACAUGGCAGAGAAGUACGGCUUCAAAUAUGAAAUGAUCUCGUACAAGUGGCCUCACUGGCUACGGCAGCAGAAGGAGAAGCAACGAGAAAUCUGGGGCUACAAAAUUCUAUUUUUAGACGUCCUUUUCCCCCUGUCUUUAGACAAGGUCAUAUUUGUCGAUGCCGAUCAAGUCGUCCGCACGGACAUGAUCAACCUAAUGAAUCUCGAUCUAGAAGGAGCUCCAUAUGGAUUUACACCCAUGUGUGAUUCCCGCGUUGAAAUGGAGGGAUUCCGGUUCUGGAAACAGGGGUACUGGGCAAACUACCUUCGUGGGCGCCCUUACCAUAUUUCCGCCCUUUAUGUUGUUGACUUGCGACGCUUCCGAGAGUUAGCUGCCGGUGACCGUCUUCGACAACAGUACCACUCACUUUCAGCGGAUCCAAAUAGCCUUGCCAAUCUGGAUCAAGACUUGCCGAAUCAUAUGCAGUUCAAUAUCCCCAUCCAUAGCUUACCUCAAGAGUGGCUAUGGUGCGAGACAUGGUGUAGUGACGAAAGCCUCGUCGAAGCUCGCACCAUUGAUCUAUGCAAUAAUCCGCUUACAAAGGAGCCCAAGCUUGAUCGAGCAAGAAGGCAGAUUCCCGAGUGGGUUGCUUAUGAUGAAGAAAUUGCCGCGUUGCACCAGAUCUACAAAGGGGAGGCGGCGGUAACUCCUGGCAAAGAGAGGCUUUCUGAAGGUGGAGAAGAAACAGCUGAAGUCGGGGCAGAAGACAAAAACACUAAAAGUCGGAGACUAGAAAGCGAUGGGACACAUACGAAGGACGAGUUAUAA